GUUAUGGCAAACAUAUUUGCAAACGUUUGGGUUGAAAUAUCACCACAUUGCAUAAAUAAGGUUUCAAACUUUGUUAAUGCUGACAGAUACCUGGCCAAAAUAUGCAAAAUCACCGGUACACAGAUUGUUAACAUGUUUGACAAGACAGCAAUCCAGGGACAGUGGCAUCAGAUUCUAAUGCUUCAUAGACUUCUGGCGAAAAAGUGGAACAAGAAAGCCAUUAGAAGUGACGUGUUGUCCAAAUUAUUGCUACAGAAAUACAAGAUACAAAGAGAGAAUCAAAAUCUGACAGCUUUCAAUGAACAUGCCAAAACAAAGGGCGUAUUUACAGUAAAUGAGCUAAACAGAGUUGAAAUUUCUUACAAGUCAAAACAAAAGAAAGAUGGAAGUUUGGAGGAGGAAUGUGUAACUUUGUCAAAUAAAAAUGAUCAUUUAUUUGAGGAAUCCUGUGAAGAUCAAGCAAUAGCAGCAUCAGUUUCAGUUCUGAACUUUCAACAUGUUGAUGCUAAAGACACAGAUAUUUCAGCAGAUAACAGUGAAACACUGCAAGGUACAUUUGAAGGUGUAGAUAGUGUCAGUGGUGACAUUGAUGCAGCAGACAUAAUAUUGCCAGCAGAAACAAAGAUCAACAAACAACUGCAGAAUGAAAAGACACCCAGUAACUUUAAAUGUUCCCUGUGUGAGUUUAAAAGCAAUCAUAAGAAUUCUGUCAGGGAUCAUGAAUUACGAGUUCACUUUGCUCUACCAGAGAAAUGUAAACUUUGUGAAAAAGUAUUUUCUAGCCAUCAACACUUAAAGAGGCAUAUGCUUUCUCACAAAAACUCAAAGCUAAUUUGCGAUGUCUGCGGAAAAAUGUACAAGUCCACAAGGACUUUGAAGAAGCAUAAGAAAUUGCACAGCAUUGGCUAUGAAAUACCAGAACUUGAAUGCAUACACUGUAAAAAAUCAUUCACUUCAAAGACCUCAUUGGAAAAUCACAUAGAAACUCAGCAUGCUGGGAAAAAAUCAGCCUUUCUUUGUCCUACAUGUGGAAAGGUAUUCACUCGAAAAUAUUCUUUAAAGCAACACCAACUUGUUCACACAGGAUCAAGACUUGUUUGUGAUGUUUGUCAGAAAUCUUUUUCUAGUGAAUCAUCCCUAAGGGACCAUAGAAAUAUUCACACAGAUUUAAAAUCAUACAAGUGUCAAAUUUGUUCAAAAACAUUUAACCAAAGGACAACAUUACAAAAGCAUUCAAAGAUUCAUUCAGCAGACAAAUCAUUUAAAUGCUUGGAAUGCGGCAGAGGUUUCACACAGAAACAGGCUCUUCAGAGACAUGAGAGAUCUCACAAGGGAAUAAAGCCAUUUACUUGUAAAAUUUGCCAAAAAUCAUAUGGUGAUGCAGCAAUCAUAAGGAAACAUCUGAUUGUUGUUCAUAAAAUUCAUAAAGAUUCCAUGCAUUGGAAGGAAGAUAUAAUACAAAAUGAGGAUGAUAAUUCAUUUGAUACAGGGUACAAUACUUGUAACACAAGUCACACAGAGAGAAAUGAAACACAAAUACCAACAUAUGGUUCUUAUGAGGGCAAUGUCAUGAUUCAUACAGAGAAUUUAAAUGAAAUGCAGAUUUCACUGACCACUGAACACAAUACUAAACCUGUGCCAGCUCUUCCUGAAGAUUUAUCAAUGUCUUCCCAGGAAGUUCAUCAAAUCCAGAGCCAAAUGCACCAGCUACCACUGUCUAUGUACCAGCACUCCCAAACUCUCUACAAUGAACAUGUGGAUCCAACAGGAGUGGAUCCCAGUGUUUAUCCAUCUCAACAUGACCUAAACUCAGUAUCCACCUAUCCUUAUCUUUCAUCUGCACAGGGACAACCUGACCAAAAUCUAGAAAAUAACCACACCUCCACAAACCCAUACCUUGCAUCCACACAGCCAACAUCAGCAGAAAAUAUGGAGGAAAAUCCAGCAUCCUCACACCCUUACCUCCCCACCCAACAUCCCCCACCACACGAUGAGGAUCAUUCAUCUUCUCACCAGUAUAAUGACUCCAUUCUGGACAUGAGUGGCACACCAAGACCAGAGGGGCUAACAUCAAAGCGUCUACCUGAUGCUGAUGCUGCAGAAAAUUUGUCCUUGUCUACACUGUAUGCCUACUACUCCAGCUUAGCUUCCCAAUAUUUGAACAUGUCUGGAUACCCUGGGUAUACCCAGCCAUCAGAAGAACAGCAACAGUCUCAACAAAAUGUCUAAAAUCAGCUGACAACCAUUUCACAUUAUUUUGACAUCAUAUGCAUGUUGUAUUUCUGUUAGUAGUUGAAUUAUACUAUUCAUCACUCAUUGCUUGUGUAUUGGUUUUGUAUAAAAAUAGAAAAGAAAUAGUUAGAUCUACUUAGUAGUUUAGUAAAGGAAGAACCUUGACUUUGAGGCUGAUCCAUUCUUUGCAGCAGGGUCAGUAAGGGGGAAUAACUGUUAUAUGAGAAGUUAGAUCAGAAAGGGUACACAUUGGAUAUAUCCUCAGUUAGUGAAAUAAACUGAAAGUGCUUAGGCCAUAAAAAAUAAUUAAUAGUUUCUCAGGCCAAAAAUUUCAAAAUUCAAUGUGGCAGGCAGGUUCUUUUUUUUCUUUUUUUUUUUUUUGAAGCAGGUGUUAUACCUUUUUUUCAUGUUAGUCAUUCAACAAAAUGAUGAUAUCAACUGAUUCUUACUUUUUUGUUCUCUUACAUUAAUUAUAAUAUGUAUUCAACUUUAAAUAAUGUUAUUCCAAACAAAGUUAAUUCAUA